AGGGUUGAGUUGGAAUCAAAACACAUACACAGAAAUUGAAUUCCUCAUUGAAUUCCCAUCCCCUUCUCUUCUUAUAACGCUCACAUUUCACCCAUCACACAAACAACCCAAAAAGCAUUGAUUUUUGUAAACUCGGCGUUUUCCUCAGCUCUCUGAAAAGUCAUCGUCUUGGGCUCACCCUUACCCUUAUCUCUCCUCUCUCUAGAAAUUUGAGCACAAAGCCCAAAUCUUUGUGUUUUUCACCAGGUGCUGUUUUUCAGAUUGCUCGUGCAAGUGCUGUCCCCAAGUAGCAACGAUAACUGUGACAUAUCAUCUGAAACAGAUGCACUGUGAUUAUUAUGUCUGAACUGAUUGAAGGUCUUCCUGACGCUGUUGCCCUUAGGUGCCUUGCUUGGGUUCCCUUCCAUCUCCAUCCUAAGUUGGAGCUUGUUUCCCGUUCCUGGAAAGCUGCUAUUCAUAGCCCUGAACUGUUUAGAGCUCGACAGGAGCUUGGCUCAUGUGAAGAUUUAUUAUGUGUGUCUGCUUUUGAUCCAGAGAAUUUAUGGCAGCUGUAUGACCCUCUCCGAGACCUUUGGAUUACUCUCCCUGUUCUCCCUUCUAGAAUUAAAAUCCUUUCUAAUUUCGGUGCUGUCUCCACUGCUGGAAAACUGUUUGUGCUUGGAGGUGGCAGUGGUGCUGUUGACCCACAAACAGGUGACCAAGAUGGGAGUUUUGCGACCAAUGAGGUGUGGUCAUAUGACCCUGUAAUUAGGCGAUGGAACUCGCGUGCAUCUAUGCUUGUGCCUCGUGCAAUGUUUGCAUGCUGUGUUUUAGAUGGAAAGAUUGUUGUUGCAGGCGGUUUUACCAGCUGUCGGAAGUCAAUCUCUCAAGCAGAAAUGUAUGACCCUGACAAGGAUGUCUGGAUUCCAAUACCUGAUCUCCACCGUACUCAUAAUUCAGCAUGCACAGGAAUAGUGAUCAGAGGAAAGGUGCACGUCUUGCACAAGGGGUUAUCAACGGUGCAAGUCUUGGACAAUGUGGUGAAUGGGUGGACUGUUGAGGAUUAUGGUUGGCAACAGGGUCCAAUGACGGUUGUUAAGGGUGCACUUUAUGUGAUGAGCAACGGACUCAUCUGCAAGCAAGACAGAGAAGUGAGGAAAGUUUUGGUUUCAGCAUCUGAGAUUGGUCGCAGAAUUGGGUUUGCAAUGACUGGACAUGGGGAUGAAAUUUACAUAAUUGGUGGGGUGAUUAUUCCUGAUCAGUGGAACUUGGAGAUCAAGCCAAUGUCUGAUGUUGAUGUUCUGACCAUCGGGGGUGAAAGACCUACUUGGCGCCAAGCAGCUCCAAUGACACGAUGCCGUGGUACUAUUCUUGGUUGUACACAGUUGAGAAUUUAGGUAUCCUUGUUAUCUGGUGAUUAAAUUUAGUUCACAUGUAGCUCUUCCUAAGGCUUUUUAUUCCUGCUACAAGGAAUUAGCCUCUGCUGGCUACGGUUCCUCUUUGUUUUAACUUUGAACUUUUGUAAUCCAUUACUCCUCCUUGUUUCAUGUUAAAUUUAUCAGCUCUUGGAACUCCUACAUACCCAGGUAACAGUAUAAGGUCCAGUACUAUUUGGAAGAGGCAAAACUUAGGGGUACAAGAAUUAUAUGAACUUUUUAUUAUGGAUGAAGCACUUGUGUUC